CAACAGAUGGUGCUGAUUAAAGGAGAAGCUCCUGAAGAACGGAGGCCUGGUGUGGACCAGCUGGACCCCGAGCCUCUCAACAUAAAGGAGGAAGAAGAGGAACCUUGGACCAGUCUGGAGAGAGACCAACUGAAUGUGAAGGAGGAGACUGAAGUCACCAGGUUUUCAGUCACUGCAGUUCAUUUGAGAAGUGAAGAUGAUGAAGCAAAGCCUCUGUUCUCACAGCUUCAUCAGCACCAAGUGGAGGACAGAGAUCUUCCAACCAGCAGCUCAGCUGAUCAGAUGGAAGCAGCAGCUGAUGAAGAGGACUGUAGAGGAGCAGAAACUACCAGAAACCCAGAUUUAAAUACACACAUAGAUGAAUCCAGCACUUCAGAGACUGACCUCAGUGAGGAUUAUGAAGAUGAUGAGGAUGUGAACUAUCAAUACAGUAACAAUAGAGGGAAGAAAAAUGUAGAGUCACGUAGGAAAUUGCAAACAGAACCAAAAAUAUUCAAGUGUAAUGAUUGCGAUAAAAUAUUUACCGGCAAAAAAGAUCUAAAGGCACACUUGGGAGUUCACGCUGGAGACAAAUUUUUUACUUGUGAUCUAUGCAGACAAAGAUUUAGCCGAAAUUCACAUUUAAACUACCACAUGAGAAUCCACACGGGAGACAAGCCAUUUCCUUGUGAUUUUUGUGGACAAAGAUUUAGCUUUAAGACCAACUUAAACAGACACAUCAGAAUCCACAUCGGUGACAAACCUGUUGAAUGUGAUGUCUGUGGACAAAAAUUUAGCCGAAAGUCUCAUUUAAAUUCCCACAUGAGAACCCACACAGGAGACAAACCUUUUCCUUGUGACAUUUGUGGACAGAGAUUCAGCCAAAAAGCACAUUUAAAUUCCCACAUGAGAACCCACACUGGAGACAAACCGUUUCCUUGCGAUGUUUGCGGACAACGAUUUAGCCAAAAGUCAUCUUUAAACACCCACACAAGAAUCCACACAGGAGACAAACCGUUUUCUUGUGAUGUCUGCGAACGGAAAUUUAGCCACAAGGCAAGUUUAAGCUCACACAAGAGAACCCACACUGUAGAUAAUAAAACAGCUCCCAGUGACUUACAUUAG